CGCGUUCAGCACACCGACGAAUUUAAAACUGGCCCUCCCCGCUAAUUUCUACCGAUCACAUCCUCUGCCGCUUUUUGAUUGAAUAAUAAAUCGUGGACUGGCAAUAAAAUAUCCCAGUGGUCUGUCGUCGCUAUCUAUGCGAUGAGGAUCUCCUCACUGUUGAGGUCUGCGACGGCGGCUGGAACAUCCAUUCUUCUCAGCACCUGCCAGGUACCAGUCGCCACUGCAUUCACCGCCACUCCAGUAUCGCUGCCAGACCUUGACCUCUCCCCUCUAGGCAGAGUCGCCUUAACAGGUGAUUUUGAUUCAAUAUCCAUCUACUCCUAUCAACAACAAACCGAGUCCCUACCGUCAACAAAUGGCUCGCAAUCAUUGCUUACAGAACUCCCUAAUGGCGUUAUUGCUACAUUGUCCACCGCCGACGCCGAUAUUCUCGCCAUGUGUCCAUGGACACGCAAGGAUGGAAGCUUUGCAGGGUUGAUAGUUGGCGGCAACUUCACAAGUUUAGGUGGCAUUCAAGCACAGGGAAUUGCAUCCUACGACCCAACGACAAAUACUGUUCAUAAUAUGUCUGGUCUGUCUGGCACCGUAAAAACCUUAUUGUGUGACCAAGAAUCGGAUUCGGUGUAUGUUGGCGGCGAUUUCACUGUCGGUAAUUCGACAAACGCCAUGGUUUGGAACGGAUCAACUGGCUGGCAGUCCUUACCUUUUGAUGGAUUCAACGGCCCUAUUUCGUCAAUUGUGAAGAAUGCAAAUAGCCAUUUCAUCUUCGGUGGAACGUUUGAUGGCUUGACAAGCUCAGGAAGCUCGGGAAAUUCGACUGCGAGCUCAAAUCAAAACUUUUCGCAAAUCAUCAAUCUGUCGACGGCCAAUGUUUCUAGCGAUGCCCAGACAACCAUUUCUGGGUUUAUUGAUCCUCGGAAUAUCAUCUGUAAGACAGACGGUAGUGAUAGCGCCGGAAACACAUGGUUGUUGGAUGAUUACUCCCCGGGAUUCUGGAGAGCUGAUAUGGGUUUUACUUUCCAACCGACCAAACUUCGUUUAUACAAUACCCAUUACCAAGGCAGAGGUACCAAGUCAUUCCGCCUCCAGCGCCUCCCUGAUACUGGUUACAUGAACUUGACAUACACCGAUUCUUCUACUGGCAACACCGUAGCAUGCGACGCCUCGUGUCCACUCUCCAAUGAUGCCUCAGAGAAGUACCGUGAUUUUGAACUCGUCAAUUCUGUUGGCAUGUCGGGCUUCAUGAUUCAGAUUAUGGAGUGGUAUGGCCAAGGUGCAGGACUUGAUGGUAUCGAGAUUUAUCAAAACCAAAUUUACACAUAUGCUAUUAACGACUACAACGAGCCAAGUUGUGGAGUUGAGUUUCCCUCUUCGGUAAAAACUACUGGUGACUGGACAACAACAUCUGGAGGCUCUUCAGCACCCUACUUGACUGGUAACGUCACCGGCUCCUCGGACUUGUCUGUUACGUUCCAACCAGAUAUUACACAGUCUGGCAAUUACUCAAUCCUUGUCUAUACACCCGGCUGCUCAACUGAUGGCACUUGUGGAUCCAGAGGCUCUGUUAAUGUGACGGCGACUUUGGGUUCUUCUUCUAGCACGCAAGCAGAACGCCCUGUUCAGACGAUCAGUUGGCAGACAAACGAGUAUGAAAAAUAUGAAACUAUUUACACCGGCUACGUCGAAGCAAGUGGCAGCAAUUUCCGACCUUCAGUCACUAUAUCACCAGCGGCCGGACAAAACAAUGUGAAGGUGGUAGCAUCUCGUGUCGCCUUCCAUCUAAUCAAUGCAACCUCUACUGGGGAACUUAACGGGUUGUACGAUUACGACCCUACUCAGAACUCGACCGAUACUGACUUUAAAACCGACACUAUCGAUUCCAUUGGAGCAAAUCUGGAUGACACCGCAACUAUCAAUAGCCUUGUGCAAUCUGGCGACACUACAUAUGCGGCAGGUAAUUUUUCGACUGGCUCCAUGCGUAACAUCAUCUCUUUCACGACCAGUGGUAAUGCUACUGCUCUCGACGGUAAUGGCCUGAAUUCACACGUGCAAUCCCUUCUCCUUGCCAACGAGACACUUUAUGUUGGUGGGAACUUUACCAACACCGCCCAGGGCGGAUCGCAAGGUCUGAGCUAUGUUGCAGCUUACUCCACAGGUAGCAAGUCUUGGUCUUCACUUGGCGCGGGAGUGAACGGUCCGGUUACUUCUGUCUUGUCAUUUCCGGUGAAUACUUCUGACGGCACAAUUGAGACCACAAUUGCAGUCAGCGGUAGCUUUGACCAGAUUCUAGCCUUUGGCUCCAACUCAUCGGUGACUGUCUCCGGAUUUGCUGUUUGGGUUCCGUCACAGAAGAACUGGUUGGAGAACCUUGACGACUAUCAGAUGGCUUUCAAUGGUCAGUUAAUGGCAACUGCUAAUGUGGGAAAUAAUACAACUAUCCUUGCCGGCUCCCUAAAGUCCGAUGGUAUCUCAUCUAGAGGGGCAGUCUCCUUAACAGAUUCAAACCAGCUUGCUCUACAGCCCCUUCCAAUCGAUAUCCUGGCUAGCCAAACUAGUGGUUCUGUCUCCAAAAGAGAUACUACCUCCCAGAACCAGACUGGAGUGUCUAUUGGGCUAUUUGAUACAAGCAAUAAUCGCAAUCUUACCAUCUUAGGCGGUCAUUUUACCGCAAAGGAUACCAACGGUUCCACCAUUCAAAAUCUUUUAUUCUUGAAUGGAUCCAACAGCGAUAUGGUGACAGGUCUUCCUUCAGGUGUUGAUAGCAGCUCGACUUUCACUUCGCUAGCUGUGCAAGAUGAUACCUUGUUUGCCGGUGGUGUGAUUACUGGUAGUGUCGGCUCGUCUAGUCUCAACGGUCUUGUUGCUUACAACCUUGCUAAUUCGAGCUUUGUCUCACCUCAGCCUCCAGCUUUAGCAGGUAGCUCCGUCACGGUAAAUUCAAUCACUGUGCGGCCAAGCUCAGAACAAAUUUAUGUCGGCGGGGUAUUUGAUUCUGUUGGAGCUUUGCCUUGUCCUGGGGUUUGUGUCUGGGACACCUCUUUGGGUCAAUGGAGCCGACCUGGCGGAAACAUGCAAGGCGUUGUGUCUUCUCUUCAAUGGGUGGGAAGUAACAAGUUGUAUGCUGUCGGGAACUUGACUGUUGAAAACAACAGUACAAUGAUUGCAAUCUACGACGUUAGUUCACAAAAAUGGACUGCGGUUGAUGGCGCCUCACCCUCUGCAAUUCCUGGUACAGUCACGGCAUUUGGACCAGCAGCCACUGAUAUGUCAUCAUAUUGGGUAGCCGGUCAGGCCUCAAAUGGCUCGACCUUCAUCAUAGAAUAUGAUGGCACGAAAUUUAACAGUGUUGGGCAGCUUUUUGGAGAGUCUACAUCUGUUCUUGGGUUGCAAGUUAUUGGGCUUAGUAAGGCUCAUGGCAGCACAAGUUAUUUGAAUGAUGAUCAAACGCUGCUUAUUACUGGUCAGCUGGCCAUUCCUGGGUUUGGAAACGCCUCGGCAGCCCUCUAUAACGGCUCUACUUUGUCGCCCUUCAUUCUGUCGACGACAUCCGACGGUCAAGUCGGCAGCAUUCAUCAAAUGUUUACCGAAAAUCAGAAUACCUUUAGCGGUAACACCACCCACCAUCUUUCUGUUGGACUUGUUAUUCUUAUCUCGUUUUGUAUCGCCCUGGGUUGCGUCUUCCUCAUUGUCGUCAUUGGCAUUAUCUUAAACAAGAUCCAAAGACAUCGGCAAGGCUAUGUCCGCGCUCCGACUGCAUAUCAUUCAGAUCGACCAACCAGCAUGCGACGUGUUCCUCCCGAGUACCUUCUCGACUCGUUGAGACAACGUACCGCGGGAGUGCCUACAGUUUAACCUAACUGAACGAUAUCAAACGUAUCGUCACAUAGAGUUGGCAUCGAUUUCUUAGACUUCGCUACACUCUCUAUCUCCCUCUCUUCGAUCAUUUGGCGUUUGGAGCAUCUUCUAAUACCCUACUAAUGUCUAGCGAUUUUAUCUCCGUUGAUGCAGAUAAACUUCUGUGUGCAAUAGUGCACUCUUUACCCUCUCUGUCAAUAUUUCCUCACCUGUCUACUCUCUCUAGUCUCAUGUGAUCUGCGAGAACCGCUAUGUACAUACCCGGAGAUUUGUGGCAUAAUGAUAGUAAUGCCUAGAGAUCGAUUGAAAUGCAUAUAUUCACCUCGUCUAUAAUAACCAAAGGGACAUGUUCGUAGUCAUGAUUUUAGAGCUAUACAGUUCCCUUGCUCUUCAAUUAUGAGCCAACAGCAAGGCGUGUUUUAGAUAGUUAGGCAAAUCAUAUUCCAACAAUGUAUACAUG